CGCUAUCAUUAAAGCCGUUGUGAGAUGUUUUCCCAAGCCAUAAAGCGGUUGUGUUCUAGGAUGAUUAACAAGCUCAUUUUUUCAAGGUGUCGAGGUACCGUGCUGUUCUCUGCGUUGAUUACUUGUUCUGUCAUGGCUACUUUGUUGUACACCGUGAGAUCUUUAAUACAACCUCGUGAAAGUAUUUCUGCUAAAACAGCACUAAAAUACCAAACCGAGAAGUCAGAUUUAAAGCUAAAACCCGCAGAGAAGAGGUCGUCCCUUUCUCUGAGAGUCUCUACUGAAGAUAAUAAAAGAUGGAAUGUGAUCAUUUUGACUCACAUGAGUUCAGGGUCGACGCUUACCGGCAACUUAUUUAAUCUUCACCCUGACGUGUUUUAUCUUUAUGAACCCCUUCAUAACCUGCGAAGAAAGGUUUACAAGGACGAGUGGAAUCCUUUCGAUGACGAAACAAAUCGAGCGUACACCAAAGAUUUUUUUGAUUUAUUUCGUGACUGUUUAGGAUGUGGAUUCUUGAAGAAUAAUACACUGUACAGAUCCAUUCCUCCAUUCGCUAGGGGGAAAAAACACUUCACUUAUUGGCGAUAUUCUACACCGGAAUUUACCAAGGAAGCCGUGAGAGAUGCUUGUAGAGGUAAGAAAAUCACUGUAGCGAAAGUCAUGCAAACACGACUUCCCAGAGAAAUCGGAAUAAAGGAGCUUGAACGAGUGUGCCGCGCUGAUCCACAACAGUUUGAUUGUUUAAUCAUUCACUUGGUAAGGGAUCCUCGUGCUGUUAUUUCCUCACUAUUGAGACGCAAGUUUUUUGCGCAAGGACCUGAAAAGACGCUAUUUUACUCAAAAAAUUUAACAUCCGAAGGAUUGAGUCUGCUAAAGCGUAAUGUGCAGCUGCUGUGCUCUCAAGUUACCAACAAUUUAAACUAUGUCAGAGAUAACUGGGCGACGUGGUUUCAAGGUCGUUACAAACUUGUGCGUUACGAAGACAUCGCAGGCAGUGCUAUGAAUGCUGCGAGAGUGAUGUAUGACUUUGUUGGUCUACCAAUGACGAAUUCCAUUUAUCAGUGGAUUGCUGAAGGCAGAAUACCUACGGAGAUAGAAUUCAAAAUUAAGGCCUUUAUGAUAUCAGAGGAUAACGAAAACCGUAUCAGUUACUGGAGGCUCGUCCGAGAUCCCUCACUCGUUUCUCUGGUCGAGGAGGCCUGUGCACCAUUGAUGAAAGAGAUGGGGUACAUUUUUAUCAAUGGUUCUGAAGACCAUCAGCAUGAUCUGAACGUAACACUGAUAUCUAAAGAAAUACCAAUUUUAAAAGAUCUUCGAUAAAGCAUCAAUAAGGAAACUGUCAUUAUUUGUCACGCCUAAUCUAACCCCCUUCUUCCCCUCCUCCCCCUCCCUGGCAGUCAAUUUUCUAUAGUACCCAGUACCCGCUUUUACUCAGUUAGCGGUGAGUGAACUCCCCUCAAUUCCCCUGGAAGCCAUGUGAUCCCUGAAAAAAUCCCCAGCCCCCCCUCUCCUUCGGCGAAAAAUAAUGACAGGUCCCUAAAAAAGAAAGGAAAUGUUACCGCUGUUUAGAAUUUUCUUAUCAUCCAAGAGCUACCUAGAAACAACUCCCGUCAAAUAUAAAAUUAAAAGGUUUCUCGGAGUUUUUUUAAUUUUAAUUUUUUAUUAACUUCAGAGAUGCCAACACGGAGACUGGAAAUAGUUACUUUAGCGAGUUGCUGGGAUGUACCAAUGAUCAGAAACUCAGUCUUGUCGUCGUUCAGUUUCAAUUUUUAUUUUGUAUUAACUUCAGAGAUGCGUAUUUACUAACUUCAUUCACUCCUUUGAGCCAUUUAGAUUGUGUAAGUAGGGUGCCUUUGAGAGAUCACUGUGUAAUUUCUCUUCAUAAUGCCAAUACAUUGUUAAGCAUUAAAAAGAUGAGCAAAAGGAAAAUAUCAAUGAGGGGUUUAACUGCAA